AUGCGAAAUUUGACCGUGCUUUGGGUUAACCCGGCUGAAGUAUGCUGCGCCACUCCCAGCUGUGUAAGAGCAGACAACCCUGAGGGUAUGGAAGCUGUCCUGCAAAGAAUUGAAAUACAUAAGCUUCGUCAAGGUGACAAUUUGAUUCUGGGAUUCAGCAUUGGAGGUGGCAUUGAUCAGGAUCCCACUCAGAAUCCUUUCUCUGAAGACAAGACUGACAAGGGUAUCUAUGUAACAAGGGUGACAGAAGGAGGCCCAGCAGAAGUUGCAGGACUUCAGAUUGGAGAUAAGAUCAUGCAGGUGAAUGGCUGGGAUAUGACAAUGGUGACCCAUGACCAAGCUAGGAAGAGGCUGACAAAGAGGAACGAAGAAGUGGUACGGCUGCUGGUGACCAGGCAAUCUCUGCAGAAGGCUGUGCAACAAUCCAUGAUGUCCUAAUCGAUCAUCAAGUUGGGGAAGGGUUGGGGAGGGAGAUACAUAGACUGAUAUCAAGCAAGGAAGCAAAUACUAGACCUGAACAGGUUGGCUGAAAGGAGUGCAUGUUCCUAACUGUGGUAAACACUUUUUUCCUUCCUCUGGUGGAACUGGCAGUAGUAAAACUCUAGUCCCCUCAGCAGAGUGCUUCUCUAAAGUCUUCCCUGCAGGUACAUGGUAAGACUUUAUUGUAGUCGUGGCUUUCAGGACAGGAGAAACCCUAGUUAUCUAAGGAAGCAAUUGGAAAAGCCUUAACUUUGACAGGAUUCUUUUGUAGCACAAAAGCUUCCUGUUUUAAGAGGAAAUGUGGUUUCUGCUAUGGAAGAUAAUGCUGCGCUUAAGCUUUUAGAAGCAAGCUGUCCUGUCCCCCCAUGCUAUCAAAUUAAAAUGCCAGAGUUAAGAGUUGCACACUGCUGUGGGGAGGAGCACUGUACUAAUCCCACAUUGCGUGCUAGCUAGACAGAGUAUGCUGAAGGGUUUGGGGCAUUAUGGUUUACUGCAAAGACACUUACUACAAAGCAGCCUCUUCUCAGACAAGAAACAACUAAGUAACACAGAAGUGUUAGAUUAAUGCCCGUGAAGUACACUAAAAGUUCAUAGACACUACAGUUCAACUUCACUGUCAGAGUAAAACCUUAAUUCUCCUUGUUCCCAAGUAAUUUGUAACAUCAAAUGAAUCAAGUUUAAAUGAAAGGAAUAUGGAGCAGGAAAGAAAACACUGUUGCUGAACUUACCAAAAGAGCUGCUCGUAGCUGUAGAGUCUUCAGGUCUUCAUUCCGCUUCUAUCAGACUUGAAAUGGGAGGGGUGGAUUUUGGUCUGUCUUCUAGAAGACUUUGCUUAAAUCACUGAUUUAUUGGAUGGAAGAGAUGAAUAUGCCAGUAAUUUCCAAAAGUGCCUCUUGACCAAAUUUAAGCUUCUGGUAAGAUACUAAGUUGUUUAAAUCAACAUGCCACAGGAUUUCAGAUUCUUCCUGCAACACUAAGUUAAUUACCUAGCCUCCUAGUGAUUUGUUAACCAGCUAGCUUUACAAUUAUCCAAAAACUGGGUUCUUAAUCCCUUUCAGUUGAUUUAUACAUAUCUAUACUUUCCUUAAGCAGUCUUCAGGUAAGCUGUUGUAAAUAGAACAUGAGGAGGUGGCAGACUAACUUAUUCAGUACAUUACUGCUGUGCCAUGUAUGUAUGCUGUGACUAAUGCAUCUCAGACUGUUCUGUAUGCACCAGCAGAUGCCUAUUUGCCAUUUUUUAUCUAUGGAAUUAUUACAAUACUGCUUUUGAAUUUUGUAACUUAAGAAUUCAGUGGUAAAUUUUAAGGCUUUCAAGUUGAAGUUAUUUUUGUUACUAUGAAGACACACUGCUAUUUGUACUGCUAUUUCACUUGAUUUUACACACAAUAAAACAAAGUUGGAUUUCCUGA